AUGGACGGGUCGCGAGCUAUCGGCACCUUCGUGGUGUGGGACUACGUGGUGUUCGCCGGGAUGCUGCUCAUCUCGGCCGCCAUCGGCAUCUAUUACGCCUUCGCCGGGGACAAACAGCAGACCUCCAAGGACUUUCUGAUGGGCGGCCGCAGGAUGAGCGCCGUGCCUGUGGCGCUGUCCCUCACCGCCAGCUUCAUGUCUGCCGUCACUGUCCUGGGCACCCCCACCGAGGUCUACCGAUUUGGGGCCAUAUUCAGCCUCUUUGCCAUCACCUACUUCCUUGUGGUGGUGAUCAGCGCCGAAGUCUUCCUCCCGGUGUUCUAUAAACUGGGAAUCACCAGCACCUACGAGUAUUUAGAACUUCGAUUUAACAGAUACGUUCGCCUCUGUGGAACAAUCGUCUACAUUAUUCAAACAGUUCUGUAUACUGGAAUUGUUAUUUAUGCCCCUGCCCUGGCUUUGAAUCAAGUCACAGGAUUUGAUCUCUGGGGCGCAGUGGUGGCCACAGGGGUGGUCUGCACAUUCUACUGCACGCUGGGUGGUCUUAAGGCAGUGGUAUGGACGGAUGUUUUUCAAGUUGGGAUCAUGUUGGCGGGAUUUGUUUCUGUGAUUAUACAAGCGUCAGUGAUUCAAGGUGGAAUCAGCACUAUUGUAAAUCAUGCCUCUGAUGGUGGAAGAUUAAACUUCUGGAAUUUUAAUCCUAAUCCUUUGCAAAGACACACAUUCUGGACAAUUAUUUUAGGAGGGACCUUCACGUGGACCAGCCUGUACGGUGUCAACCAAUCUCAAGUGCAGAGAUAUAUUUCCUGUAAAAGCAGAUUCCAGGCAAAACUGUCCCUCUACAUCAAUCUGGUGGGACUCUGGGUAAUCCUCAUCUGCGCAGUGCUUUGCGGUCUCGCCCUGUAUUCCAGGUACCGCGACUGCGAUCCUUGGACAAACAAGCAAGUGUCUGCGCCAGACCAGCUCAUGCCCUAUUUGGUACUGGACAUUCUGCAAGACUAUCCAGGGCUUCCCGGACUUUUUGUGGCCUGUGCUUACAGUGGAACGUUAAGCACAGUGUCCUCCAGUAUUAAUGCCCUGGCAGCCGUAACUGUGGAAGACCUAGUCAAACCUAACUUCAGCUCGCUCUCAGAGAGAUCUCUCUCUUGGAUUUCCCAAGGAAUGAGUGUGCUGUUCGGAGUCCUGUGCAUCGGGAUGGCUGCUCUGGCCUCGCUGAUGGGCGCUUUGCUGCAGGCAGCACUCAGCAUAAUUGGCAUGAUCGGUGGACCACUUCUAGGCUUAUUUUCUUUGGGCAUUUUGGUUCCCUUCGCCAACUCAAUUGGAGCAUUUACUGGUCUGCUGGCCGGAUUUGUGGCUUCUUUCUGGGUUGGGAUUGGAGCUCAACUUUAUCCUCCACUCCCGGAGAGAACCAUGCCGCUGAGCCUGGAAACGUACGGCUGUAACAUUACGCACGGGGCAAACUGGACAACGACCACAGAAAUGCCGUUUUCUACGAGUGCUUUCCAAGGACACAGCGCCGACAGGACCCCGCUGAUGGAUAACUGGUAUUCUUUAUCAUAUCUAUACUUCAGCACCCUGGGAACUUUGGUAACAUUAUUUGUGGGAAUGCUUAUCAGUUUACUAACAGGAGGAAGAAAACAAAACUUGGACCGCAGAUUUCUAUUAACUAAAGAGGACAUUUUAUCCAAUUUUGACAUUUUUAAGAAAAAGGAGCAGGUUUUAAGCUAUAAGUCUCAUCCAGCAGAAGAUGGCGGAACUGAUAACCCUGCUUUCAACCACAUGGAAUUGAACUUCACAAAUCACAGCGGCAGGAUCAGUGGGACUCACCUGUGA